AUGUCGGACCCACGCAUGAGCGACCGUGAGCUCUUCGAGGUCAACGCCCAGGCCGCCGUCAAGAACUACAGCGUCGACCCUCGUCUCGACUACCGCACCGUCUCGGCCAUCAACGGUCCGCUCGUUGUCCUCGAGAAUGUCAAGUUCCCUUCGUACAACGAGAUCGUCUCGCUCACCCUUCCCGAUGGCUCGCGUCGUGGCGGUCAGGUGCUCGAGGUCUCGGGCAACAAGGCCAUCGUCCAAGUGUUCGAGGGAACCUCGGGUAUCGACGUGCGAGACACUCACAUCGAGUUCACCGGCUCUUCCAUGAAGCUGCCCGUCUCCGAAGACAUGCAGGGUCGCAUCUUCAACGGUUCCGGUGCGCCUAUCGACAAGGGUCCCCGAGUGUUUGCUGAAGACUACCUCGACAUCAACGGUUCGCCCAUCAACCCUUACUCGCGUGUCUACCCCGAGGAGAUGAUUCAGACCGGUAUCUCGACCAUCGACACCAUGAACUCGAUCGCACGCGGUCAAAAGAUUCCCAUCUUCUCCGCCGCCGGUCUGCCGCACAACGAGAUCGCAGCUCAGAUUUGCCGACAGGCCGGUCUGGUCAAGCGUCCCGGUGCUGGCAAGGGUGUGCACGACGACCACGAGGACAACUUCUCCAUCGUUUUCGGCGCCAUGGGUGUCAACAUGGAGACCGCACGAUUCUUCAAGCAGGACUUCGAGGAGAACGGUUCGCUGGACCGUGUCACGCUCUUCCUCAACUUGGCCAACGAUCCUACCAUCGAACGUAUCAUCACGCCUCGUCUGGCGCUCACCACCGCCGAGUACUAUGCGUACCAGCUCGAGAAGCACGUGCUUGUCGUGCUCACCGACAUGACGUCGUACGCCGAUGCGCUGCGUGAGGUCUCGGCGGCGCGUGAAGAGGUGCCCGGUCGACGAGGUUACCCGGGUUACAUGUACACGGACUUGUCCACCAUCUACGAGCGUGCUGGCCGAGUCGCCGGACGCAACGGAUCCAUCACCCAGAUCCCCAUCCUGACCAUGCCCAACGAGGACAUGACGCACCCCAUCCCCGAUUUGACCGGCUACAUCACCGAGGGUCAGAUCUACGUAGACCGUCAGCUGCACAACCGUCAGAUCUACCCGCCCAUCAACGUGCUCCCCUCGCUCUCGCGUCUGAUGAAGUCGGCCAUCGGUGCCAAGCACACACGUGCCGACCACUCGGACGUGUCGAACCAGAUGUACGCCGCCUACGCCACGGGCAGGGAUGCCGCGGCGAUGAAGGCGGUCGUCGGUGAGGAGGCGUUGAGCGCCGAGGACAAGCUGGCGAUCGAGUUUAUGGAAAACUUCGAGAGCAAGUUCAUCAAGCAGGGUGCGUACGAGAACAGGCACAUCUUUGACUCGCUGGAUAUCGGGUGGGAUUUGUUGAGGAUCUUCCCCAAGGAGCAGCUGAAUAGGGUCAGUCCGAAGAUCAUCAAGGAGUACUAUUCGAGGAGGGCCAAGAAGGAGGGUAAGGGAGAGCAAGAGGAGGCGAAGAAGGGUGCCAAGGAUACGAGGGAUAAUGCCAAGGAGGACGAGGGGAAGAAGCAGAAUGGCGAGGGGAAGUUGGUGGAUGAUGAGUAG